AUGAUUCUCAACUCAGUCUUCGGCGUUCUCCUCACCUCCGGCUUUGCCGCAGCGCACAUGCAACUUAGCUGGCCGUAUCCUCUUCGCAGUCCACUUGAUCCCAAUGCUGAUCCUUCGAUGAUCGACUAUUCCAUGACUAACCCUCUGAACCAGGAUGGAUCAAACUUUCCAUGCAAGGGGUACCAUAAGAACACACCGUGGCGUACAACUGCCGAAUGGGCUGCCGGUCAAACUUACAACAUCACGUUGGCUGGCUCCGCAACCCACGGCGGUGGCUCAUGCCAGCUGUCCCUGAGCUACGACAACGGCAGCACAUUCAAGGUCAUCCAGUCCAUGAUGGGCGGGUGCCCGCUUACAUCGGAAUACAACUUUAAGUUACCCAGCGAUGUGGCCAGUGGCAAGGCCCUCUUUGCUUGGACAUGGUUCAACUUGAUCGGCAACCGCGAAAUGUACAUGAAUUGCGCCGAUAUCGAGAUCACCGGAGGUAGCGGAAGUAGCGCCUCAUUCGAUGCAGCAUACCCGGAGAUUUUCGUUGCGAAUGUCAACAAUGGCUGCCAGACGGUUGAGGGAAAGCAGACUGUGUUUGCUGAACCAGGACAGCAGGUUAUCUAUGGCGCUGGUGUAACUGAGGGAGAUCCUCCCUUCCCCAAGUGCUAG